AUGUUUGAGCCUAUGUUCAAACCAAACCCACCCCAUAGCGAAAGAAUGCCCGCCGACGUUCAGAUAAGGGAAUGCUUCCCCCAACCACUAAAGGAAAGGCUCGACGAAGGGAGGGAGAUGCGGCGGGGGAAGGAAAACGCUUUCGGAGAUCGAGAUGUCGAUUUUCAUCGAAAACGAAGAAGGCCGAGGAUGGCCUACGGUGCGUGUUAUCUGAAGGGCGAAGAGAACACGCUUUUUCGACCGCGGUGGUAUGAUUGCCGGGCCCUCUCCUCGUUCCGCCCGCUGGCCUAUUGGGAUAGCAGCCUUCGGGCUUUGCCUGCCCUUUCUAAUAAAGAAUUCCGGCUCGGCCCGGUAAAGCGCUGGCAACAACAGAAAGGAAGGGGUCCAUGUAGCUGCUGCGCCCGCCCACUGAGCAGCAGGUUCGGCAUCUACUACAAAAGAGAGAAUCCACUUCAGAUAACCACGCCUCUGCUAGGCAGCGUGUGGAAUGGCCGAGAGCGGACCUUUUUGGAUAUAUAAUCCAAGUCGAGAGUGGAGUUACGGGAACAGCCGUCUGAUGGAAAACAACUUUCACGUUCGGUUCAGAGAGCACUUUUUUCGUUGAGAAUUCCUCGUUCCCUUUCGUGUGAAUUCCCCAGCGGCGAAUUAACAACUUGUGGGGCCCUAUCUAUUCCAUCUCUCGAGCCCCGAAGAAAACCCCCCUCCCCUUCGGACUCCAUAUCUCUUUUGACUCUAUA